AUGAAAUUAUUUACCACCACAGCUACGCUUUUAUGCGUUGCUUUGUUUUCACUAAGCGGUGAAGCCGCAAAACGUGAAGCACCUAUAGUCAAUGGUUAUUUACCACCAUCCUCAGGUCACAAGGGUGGUGGUAAUGGAGGCGGUAAUGGUGGCGGUUCGUAUAGUUCAUCUUCAAAUUCAUAUCUGCCUCCCGCUUCAGGCCCCGCUUCUAAUAGUUAUGCUCCUAGUGCUCCAUCGGGAGGCCCUUAUGCAAGUGCACCAGCCGCUCCUUCAAAAUCCUAUGGUCAUCCUCCAAGAAGCCCAUCUUCUAGUUACGGCCCCCCUAGUCGACCCAGCUCAAACUAUGGCCCCCCAAAAAAGAAUGGUUCUCGUCGCCCUUCUAACGGCUAUGGUGGUCGUCCAUCUAAUGGAUAUGGUCCACCAAAACAAUCAGGUUACGGACGUGGCCCAUCUUCUAGUUAUGGUCCUCCAAAAUCAUCCAAAACUCCAUCUUCAAGCUAUGGUGCUCCAUCUAGACCUUCUUCCAGCUAUGGUGCACCUUCAAAAUCUCCAUCUUCGAGUUACGGAGCACCAUCUAAAACUCCACCUUCAAGUUAUGGCGCUCCUGCUAAGGCUCCCUCUUCUAGCUAUGGUGCACCUUCAGCGCCAUCUAACAGCUAUGGUGCUCCCGCCAAGGCUCCCUCUUCCAGCUAUGGUGCACCUGCACCGCCAUCUAACGGAUAUGGUGCUCCCGCAAAGGCUCCCUCUUCUAGUUAUGGUGCUCCUUCUGCUCCUGCAUCCAGUUAUGGUGCCCCUGCUCCAUCUUCUAGUUACGGUGCCCCAUCUGAUGAAGCUCCACCUUCUAGCAGCUACGGUGCUCCUGCAAAGGCUCCCUCUUCAAGUUACGGUGCUCCUGCGAAGACACCCUCUUCUAGUUACGGAGCUCCUGCCAAAGCUCCAUCCAACGGUUAUGGUGCUCCAGCUAAGGCUCCUUCUUCAAGCUAUGGCGCUCCUUCUCAAGGAUCAUCCAACGGUUUCCAUCCUAUUCAACCACCAUCUACUAGCUAUGGAACUCCAGCCAAAGCACCAUCAUCAAGCUAUGGAGCACCAUCAGCUCCUUCAUCUAGUUACGGAGCUCCAUCAGCUCAAGAACCCUCAUCUAGCUACGGUGCUCCUGCUGCACAAGCUCCUUCAUCUAGUUAUGGAGCUCCUUCAGCACCAUCAUCAAGUUAUGGUGCUCCUGCUGCUCAAGCGCCUUCUUCCAGCUACGGAGCUCCAGCUGCACAAGCACCAUCAUCUAGUUACGGAGCACCUGCUGCUGAAGCCCCAUCAUCUAGUUAUGGUGCCCCCGCUCAAGCUCCAGCAUCAAGUUACGGUGCUCCUGCGGCUCAGGCACCAUCAUCCGGUUAUGGUGCUCCUGCUGCACAAGCCCCGUCUUCUAGUUAUGGGGCUCCUGCUGCUCAAGCCCCGUCAUCUAGUUAUGGUGCUCCUGCUGCUCAAGCCCCGUCAUCUAGUUACGGUGCACCUGCUGCUCAAGCACCGUCGUCUAGUUACGGUGCCCCUGCAGCUCAAGCCCCGUCAUCCAGUUACGGUGCUCCUGCAGCUCAAGCUCCAUCAUCUGGUUAUGGUGCUCCUGCUGCUCAAGCGCCGUCGUCCAGUUACGGAGCACCUGCUGCACAAGCCCCAUCAUCUAGUUAUGGAGCACCUGCUGCUCAAGCCCCAUCAUCCAGUUACGGUGCUCCAGCAGCUCAAGCUCCAUCAUCCAGUUACGGUGCUCCUGCAUCGAGUUACGGUGCCCCUGCUGCUCAAGCUCCUUCAUCAAGUUACGGUGCUCCUGCCGCCCAAGCUCCAUCAUCCAGCUACGGUGCACCUGCUCCAUCAUCCAGUUACGGAGCACCUGCUGCUCAAGCUCCUUCUUCCAGUUACGGUGCCCCUGCUCCCUCAUCCUCGUACGGUGCCCCUGCUGCUCAAGCUCCAUCUUCCAGUUAUGGUGCCCCUGCUCCAUCAUCCAGUUACGGUGCCCCAGCUGCUCAAACUCCAUCCUCCAGUUAUGGUGCCCCUGCUCCAUCAUCCAGUUACGGUGCUCCAGCAGCUCAAGCGCCAUCAUCCAGUUACGGUGCUCCAGCAGCUCAAGCACCUUCAUCAAGUUACGGCGCCCCCGCAUCUUCUAGUUACGAUGCUCCCGCUCCUCAAGCUCCAGCAUCUAGUUAUGGAGCUCCCAGUGGUCCAUCUUCUAGUUAUGAUACCCCAGCUCAACAAUCUGCUCCCGGUUACUCAUCAGGUCCUUCGUCCAGUUACGAUGCCCCAGCUCAACAGCCGUCAUCGAGUUAUGGUGCCCCCACUGCUCCCGCAUCAAGUUACAACGGCCCAUCAGCUCCUAGCUCAUCAUACGGUGCACCUUCCCAACAAGGAGGUUCAUCAAAUGGAUACAGUGCACCGUCCUCUAGUUAUGGUGCCCCUUCAGGACCAGCUUCAUCGUACCACGCUCCCUCAGCUCCUUCUUCGUCUUACGGUGCUCCUGCAACUGGUAAUGGCGGCAAUGGUGGCAAUGGCGGCAAUGGUGGCUAUGGUGGCAAUGGUGGUAAUGGUGGCAAUGGUGGCAGCGAUGGUUACGCAUACUCUGCUCCCAGUAAAAUACCUGAAACCAUACCCCAAGGUUAUUCAUCCGGUGGUGGUUACACUUAUUAG